AUGGCGCGGUCCGACCCCUUUCUCCCCGUGUCGCCGGCCCAGGUCAAAGUCCUCGUGCUGCCCGUCGGCCCUGUGCAUCGCGACCGUUUUGCCUCCUUUCUCGACCGGCUCAAGAGCGAAUAUGCCGUCCAGCUGCGCGACGUCAGUGCCGACCGCCGGCCCAACCGGAACAUGUUCAGCCCUCUCGCGUUCCCCGACGGCUACAUCUUCUACGACCUGACCACGCACGUCCCCCAGCCCUCCCACCUGGCCCUGUGCCCCUUUGACCUCUACCGCGAGCCCCUCGUCAUCCUCGCCCUCGCCGACGGCGCCGCCAUCAAGAACGUCGCCUUUGGCAGCAAGCGGCAGUCGGCCGCGGGGCGCUCGAUCGAGGAGCGCAACAUCCGGACGCUGUACCAGGAGCUUGAGGAGCUGCGCGACACCUAUACCAAAGUCCUCGUGCACCGCGUGCUCAUCUUCGACUACGAGCCGUCGCCCGAUGCACCCAUUCCCAUGCCCGACGAGGGCAUGGCCACGGUGCCGCCGCUCUCGAAAUCCAAGCGCACAACCAUGAAGGCCGUCAUGGCCGACGUGUCGUCGCUGCUGCUGGCCGAGAUGAACACGCUGGCGCGCUCUUUUGACGCCAUGUCCUACAUCGAGUCGCCCGGCCAGGCCAUGGGCUCCGUCUUCCGGCCCCCCAACGGCAACGGCGGCGGUGACGACGGCAGCAGCGGCAGCAGCACCAUGGCCUCGCGGCGGAACUCGCAGUUUGCGCUGCCCAUACAUCGGUCCAGCUCCGUCGGCAGUGGCGUGUCCGCCGCCGACCGCAGCCAGGCGCGCAUGUCCAUGCCCGUACCGUUCAAGGGCGGUUCGCCGUUUGGCUCGGGCAGUGCAGGGUCGACCCCGGGGCGGCCCUCGACGCCCGUCCGCAGUGCCAGUGGCCUCUCGGGACCGGCCACCACCUUUGACGACAUUGCAGGCGGCGGCAGCGGCGACAACGCGAGUGCACUGUCGAGCCCCGACCGCGCCACGUCGCCCCACGACCUGGGCGACGGCUACCGCAGCCAGAGCCAGGACCGCAUCUCUGUGCAAGGGUUCGGCCCCGGCGGCCUCAACGAGCGCUGGCGGAACAAGGGCAAGAGCCGCGUGACCAUUGUGGUGGCCUCGCUGUACCUGCAGGCGGGCCGCUGGACGGACGCCCUGAAAGAGCUGAUUGAGGGCGCCACCGUGUCGCGCUCCAUCAACGACCACCUGUGGCACGGCAAGGCGCUCGAGCUGAUUGUCGUGUGCCUGCUGCUGCUGUCCUGGGCCGACAUUGAGUUUCAGGUGCCCAGCGUGUGUCUCCCGCCGCCCGAAAAGGGCUCGGCCGCGCAGGCCGCCGCGCAGGCGCUCGAAGCCGCCGCCGAAAAGGCCCGGCCCAACCAGCCCAAGUGGCUGCGCAACCUCCAGCAGAUCCUGCCCGACCUGCUGGACCGCAUCCUGGGCCUGUACACGCGCAUCUCGGGCGAGCAGCUGCCGCCACUGCCGCUGGCCGAGGCCACCAUCCGCUUCUGCAACAUUCUGACGGCGCUGCACGUGGCGGACGGCGCGCUCGACCGCCGGUUCCUGGAGAUGGCCGUCGAGGGCAAGUACGGCGGCAGCCCCGCGCCGCUUGUGCCGCACUUGUCGGUGACGCCCAGCCGCGCUCUCAUCACGACAACCCUCUUCCGCGCCUUUCCCUCGUCCGUCACCGAACUGCUCACGACCAUCGACCGCAUUGUGAUUCUGAGCGGCAUCGCCGCCGUCCUGGGCCGCCUGGGCUACCGGCGCAAGAAGGCCAUGGUGGUGCGCGAGCUCCUGUCCGUGCUGAUUGGCGGCCUUGUCGAGGCACGGACACGCGGCGCCGCCGAGGUCGGCAUCCACCCGGCCGCCGGCCUGGUGACGCAGAACGGCGGCCUGCCGCCGCCGUCGGGCCACGCCAACGGGGCGGCGGCCCUGGACCUGGCCGAAGGCGACAUUGAGUCGGGUGUCGAGGCCUUCCUCGGCAUGCUGCUGAAGACGUAUGGUGUCGUGGAGUUUGAGCCUUCCGCCGCCCUUGCAGGCACACCAGGAGCCGAGGGCGGCGGCGCAGGCAGUGGCGCGGGCAGCAGCACCCCCGACGAUUCGGACGAGGCCGUCGUAGCACGCAUCCGCGAGCAGGCCACGGUCCGCCUGUUUGGCAUGCCCGGCAACAAGCUCAACCUUUUGCGGGCCUGCAUCAACUUCUCGGAAGCGCUGCCCGACUUUGCCGGCGUGCUCAAGUUCUCGAGUGACCUGCUGCGGACGGCCGGCAGCGGCAUUGCGCCGGGCCAGCGCCGCGACGACGCCGCACCGACCAUCACCAAGGACGAGCAGGUCCGGCUGGUGACCAACAUUGCCAAGACAUCCAACCUGUCCCGACGACUGGCGCUGGGCGACCACCUGGCCGCCGAGUACUGGGACGAAUUCUUGGUGCGCGGCGUCAAGCUCGAGCCGGUGCCGGCGGCCUGCCAGCCGAUUGCGCACACGCGGAGCGAGCUGCCCGGCAAGGCGGCGGCCGCACGAACGUCCCAGGACGUCGACCCUUUUAUCCACAACUCGUUCCUCAAGCCGUCGGAAAAGGCCAUUGUCGAGCAGAUCCUGGUCGCACAGGAGCCGGCCACGUUCAAGCUGACGCUCCAAAACCCGUACGACAUUGAGGUGGAGAUUGAAAGCAUCCGCAUCGAGACGGACGGCGUCGACUUUGAGGCGUACGCGGACAGCGCGUGUCUGGGGCCGUACCGCACGCAGAUUGUCAAGGUGUCUGGCAUGCCGCAGGCGGCCGGGUCGCUGCACGUUACGGGCGCCGUUGUUCGCGUCCGCGGCUGCCGCGAGCGGCGGUUCCCUGUCUUCACACAACCGUGGUCGCCCGACCGGCCCGACAAGAUCAAGCACAUUGGCAUGGCUCUGUUUGAGGGCCAGCGGCCGGAACCGCCCCAAGGAGCAGCCCCGCCCCCGUCACCCACAAGUGCGGGCCUGCAGCUGGCCACGGGCCCGCCGCUCAAGGCCGAGCGCCUGUCGCUCACUGUCAUCCCUGCACAGCCCAUGGUGGUCGUCGAGUCGACUACGCUGCCGCAGUCGUCGGUGAUGGUGCUGGAGGGCGAGCGGCAGGUGUUUUCGGUGACGCUCAAGAACCUGUCCGCCACAACACCCGUCGACUUCCUGCUGUUCUCCUUCCAGGACUCGACACAGGCGUCCAUCCAGGCGGCACUCAGCAACCGCGACGCGUCGCCGGCCGAGCUCUACGAGUACGAGUUGAUUCUGGCCAAGAAGCAGGCGCUACGGCUCAGGUCUACGACGGCCGCGUCCAAAGCCGCGACGCGCUACAUUGGCCCCGGCGCGACGGCUACGUUUGACUUUGAGAUUCUGGGCAAGCCGGGCCUGACGAGCGGGACGAUCCAGGUUGACUACGCCCAUCUGGGGACGGCCGCGUCGCCCGGGGCCGGCGCGGCGGCAGACGAUGUCGAGGUGGCCGCCAAGUUUUACACGCGGCAGGUGUCGCUGCACCUCACCGUGACGGUCAAUGCGAGCAUCGAGAUUGCGCGCAUGGACGUGCUGCCCCUGCACGGCAGCAUUCCGCAGCCGCUGUGGGACCGCUACCGCGCAGCACUGCGGGGCGCGGGCGCGUCCGCGUCGACGACGGAUUCCACCACCAGAGACAAGUACUGCCUGCUGCUGCUCGACCUGCGCAACGCGUGGCCAGGCCAGAUGCGGGUCGAGCUGGGCGCCGAAGACGGCAUGGUGGUGACGGAGCACAUUUUGCCGGGCAACACGAGCCGCGUCAUCGUGCCCCUCAAACGCAUCUACCUCGAAGACCCGCACGCGUCGAUUCCGGCCCUCAACCCGGCGCGCCAGCGGCAGUUUGUGGUCAGCACGGGCAAGAUCUCGCCCGACAUGGAGCGGGCGAGCCGCGAGGCGUUUUGGUACCGCGAGAAGAUUCUGGACGCACUGCACGGGACCUGGACAACGGCCACGUCGCCGUCGGCCGAUGGUGGCGGUGGUGACGGUGGUGGUGCGCGCGCUGCGGCCCAGCGCCGCGGCAACGUCGAGCUGCGCAGCAUGCGCCUGACGGCGCGCAUGAUUGAGGCCGUCAAGAUCGACGAGGUGGGCAUUGACGUGGCCAUUGAAGCCAAGACGAAGACCAAGACGAAAACAAAGACGACGCGCGUGGUGCACGUCGACGAGUUUGUGCAGCUGCGCGUGCGCGUCACCAACCGCACGGCCCAGCCGCUGUACCCGACGCUGCGGCUGAUGCCCGCGCUCUGCCACCGGCCGCUCAACGUGGCGCUCGACUUUACACGCAAGUUUGCGUGGAACGGCGCGCUGCAGCAGACGCUGCCGCUGCUGGGCCCGCGGGCGACGACCGAGGUGCGGCUGGGCGUGACGGCACUGUGCCGGGGCGAGUUUGAGGUGACGGCGUCGGUGGAGGAGACGCGGCUGUGGGUGCCCAAGGCAGAGGGACGAGAGCGCAGCGGAGAAGCCAGUGGGGAUGGGGCAACCAACGACAAGCAGACAGAGAGACGGCCGCGGUCCAACACGGAGACGCUGUUGCGGGACACGAUGCUGGGCCCACGGGAGCGGCGGAUCUGGCACUCGCGGACGCCGUGCCACUUUGUCGUCGUGGACCCGCCACGGGGCAAGGAGGCGUGA